AUGGCCGCCUCGGUGGGUCCAGGGACGCGCACGAAGACCAAGAAGAAGCACUUCGUCCCGCAGCGCGUGAAGGUGCUGCGCUCGGCCGACCCUCUUCUGGGCGUGCUGGCUUGGGGGAUCAACCAUCAGAUCAAUGAACUCAAUCAAGUUCCCCAGCCAGUGAUGCUGCUCCCUGAUGACUUCAAAGCCAGUUCUAAAGUAAAGGUGAACAAUCAUCUCUUCAACAGGGAAAACUUGCCUGGUCACUUCAAAUUUAAGGAGUACUGCCCACAGGUUUUUCGCAAUCUUCGUGAACGCUUCAACAUUGAUGAUCAGGAUUAUCAGGUCUCACUGACACGUAGCCCACCAACCUAUGAGACUGAGGGUGGGGGUCGCUUUCUCCUGUCAUAUGACCGCACAGUGGUUAUAAAAGAGAUAACCAGUGAAGAUGUAGCUGAUGUGCAUAGCCUUCUAUCACAUUAUCACCAGUACAUUGUGAAAUGCCAUGGGAGCACCCUCUUGCCCCAGUUCUUGAGUAUGUACCGGCUCAGUGUUGACAAUGAGGAAAGCUACAUGCUAGUCAUGAGGAACAUGUUCAGUCACAGACUCACUGUACACCGAAAGUAUGAUCUGAAGGGUUCACUGAUAUCCCGUGAAGCCAGUGACAAAGAGAAGGGCAAGGAACUACCAACUCUGAAGGACAUUGAUUUCCUAAACAUGAACCAGAAAGUGUACAUCAGUGAAGAGGCCAAAAAAGACUUCAUGGAGAAGUUGAAGCGAGAUGUAGAGUUCCUAGUGCAGCUAAAGAUUAUGGACUACAGCCUUCUGUUGGGUAUCCAUGAUGUACAGCGAGCUGAACAAGAAGAAGAGGAAGACAUAAAAGAGGAAGAGGAAGAUGGAGAGGGUGAACCGGGGGGAAUGGUAUCUGUGGGCUCCUAUGGAACGUAUCCUGAGGGCAUUGGCAGUUAUCUGAAUUCCCACAAACCGCUGGAACCUGGUGACUUUGACCCUUAUAUUGAUGUCUAUGCCACUAAGAGUGCUGAAAAUAGCCCCCAAAAAGAGAUUUACUUCAUGGGCCUCAUAGACAUCCUCACACAGUACGAUGCCAAGAAGAAGGCUGCCCACGCAGCUAAGACAGUCAAGCAUGGGGCUGGUGCAGAGAUCUCUACAGUGCAUCCAGAGCAAUACGCCAAGCGCUUUCUGGACUUUGUCACCAAUAUAUUUGCUUAACAGUUUUUCGUUAGGUCUUGUUGGCCCAAGUCAAAACCUUUUCAGCAGCUGUGUUGUUGUCACUCACCCUGCUCCCUGAUUCUCCAUAAGCAGGAUAGUUUUCAUCCUGCUAUUCUGGGAUCAGCAGGAGAAUUGGGCUGACUUCAGAUGAGUCCCACUCUCGCAACUGAGCGACGGCUGCUGAACCAAGUGCCUUAACUCUGAUCUUCUGUUGGGGUGAGAAAUGAUCCAGAGUACCAAAGAAACUGGGUAUGAAUGCUUUGGGAAGCUGCUUCUCCUUCCGUGCAGGAGGAAGAGGAGUGGCUGAUUUUUAUCUAAACACUGACUUCUUCCUUUCCGUUAAAUAGUAUCAGUGUUACAUCAUUUAGAGCAGGACAAUGUUGAAAUAGAAUAAUAUGCAAUACGAAGUUAGUCGUGCCUUGGAAGGAGGAGAUUGAAGGGAAUCUUCCCCAUUUACACAAUCAAAUAUUAUAUCAUAUGAUAUCCCACUGUACUGCCUGUUUCAAAGCCAUGUGCCAGUUGUAUACCUUUUCUACCACCCCUCUAUACACAACCUUUAAUAGAAGACUGCACUGUGCCCCAUUCUUGUGAAUAGUUUUGCUCUGAUCUAGUCCUAUUGUCAAUAAAGGAAAUCUCUCCUGCUAAAGAAAAGGGCCCAGCACUGAAUCCAGUACCCCUUAAGCUCUUUUCCAGGUACAAUUGCAGGUUCUAGAAAUUUUGUGCCCCGCAUGUUGCUGUUAAUGAGAAAAAUUCUUUUAGGUUCAUUGCUAUCUUGCAUCCUUUUCCCUUCCCUUUUCUAGCUGAGAGUAAGAGUUGAAGCAGGGUUUGUACCUGCUAAAUACAUUUGGAGUAAAUUCCUGAAUAAUAAUAGCACUGUCAUCUGAAUCCCUGUUCUACAUAACUGUGGAGCUUUUCUGUGUCUCCCUUAUCAGAGGGAGAUUGGGAGGACACAAUAACUCUAAUCUUUGGGGUAUAUAGGGGUGUCUAUUGGCCACACAACCCAGACUGAGUGGGCGUAACCCACAAAAGGGCCUAAGGUAUAUCUAAGCUACCCAUGAUUUACCACAGUAUAAUAAAUUUGAAAGCUGCUGAGAAAUGCUAAGGAUGAAAGUCCUCGCCAUUUAGGUCGUAAAGCUUUAACAUUAAAAUUAAAGCAAGCCUCAAAUGUUGGUGAACCGCCAGCAGCAUCAAUACCAUGACCAAUAAGAGUAUGUUACCCUAUCCAAUCAUAAACAUCUCCGUUUUGAAGUGGGAAUCAGACCAAGCCUCAUUUAUCACUCCCAGCUUCAGGAUGCUACGAGAAGCAGCAUCUAUCUGCCUGUGCAUAAUGGCUCAAUAUGUUUCUUCUAUGUAUCAAAUUGGCAAACCAGUGUAUUUUGAGAAAAUGACUGUCUCAGUGGUUGUUCAAAAAGCCUCUUAAGUGAAGGAGGAAACUGCUAUAAACUAGCAGAAGCAUUAAAAAAAAUAUCCCUUUUUAUUCACCAGAAUGGGAACUCUUAGAGAUAGUUCAUUUAGCAAAGCAAGGAAUGCAGACAAGGAACUGGAUAAAUUAAAUGAUAUUUCCUCUAGUGCAAUGAAGAAUGCAGACAGACAAGGAACUGGAUAAAUUAAAAAAUCAUUACUCAUUUAUUUUUGGCUUGGUUAAGAGAUCUCGCAUUCUCUAGUAGCUGUCCUAGCAGCAUGGGGAAGCGGUCACACUCCAACUGUCUCUGAACUAUAAUUCCCAAUAACUCCAGCCCUCUAUGAGCAUUUAUGAGGAAUGCUGGGAAUUACAGUUCAGCAAAAUCAAGGUCUAGUAUUACCUACCUGGCGAUGGUCCAGGGUACAGUGCUACUCAGUUUGCUGCUCUGGAUCUGAAACACAGAGGCUACUUGAUGGUUUUUCAUGUUUUCCCCUUCUGCCCAUUAGUGGUGUGCUGGGACUGAUGCCGUUUCAGCUCCCAGCACACUAAAGGCUGUGCCAUGGAGAUACAUUUAUGCUGUGGGGUUGUCUUCCUUCCAGCCUCUUUCAGUGUUUUGUAAUUGUAUACAAUGUGUAUUUCUGGUUUACUCUUGUAUGGCUAAAAAUAAAUUAUUGAACCAAAAGUUGUCUGUAUGAAAUGCCCAGCUGUGCUGUUGUAUUCUGCUAACCUAGCAGGGUAGAAGGAUGAACUCUGUGUUUGAAAGAAUAAAAGACUUUCCUCGGCCCUUCACA